UUUUUUACAGUGACGUAAUCGAUAGCAACGAACUGAGCAACGAGACUGACUUGUUCGCGUGCGACAAGAGCAGCAUAUCCAGCAGUUCAGAGCUGGAGGCCGAGCCGCAAGCGAGGGCGGUUGUGAAUAUAAAUAACAACGAGGAGAAGAAGAAAGCGGCUACUUCCAGGCGGCCCAGGAAGAGAUUCCGUAAGAGAGUCAAGAAGCGUCCAGUGGCUGAACCAGACUCGGACGCGUCCAGCGACUCCGCCGCGCCCCUCAGCCGCAUGCUGGGGGAGCGCGUCGUGCCCAACAUAGUGAUCAUCACUAAAGACGCCAAACCGCGCAUCAAAACGCCGGAACGCAAGCCGGGGAACACCAAAGACAAGGGCGAAACCAGAGACAAGACGGACACAGCCAUAGAUAAAGAGAAGAGUGAGCUGAAAGCGUGCACCAUGUGCAGUCUGUGCUUUAGGGGCGAAAGAGGUUUAAGGCGCCACAUGAAUAUGACUCACAUCACUCCAGAUGAUCCCCGAAAGCGCGAAAGAGACAACAGUCCGGCUUAAGGUACUCACCAACGAACGCUGUCUCACUCUAACAUAUACGCGCUACAACUUCGUAGUUCUUUGGCCCUUUGCGGCAAGCAUCGAUAUGAAAGAAUUCAUAAAAGACAUAUUUUUUAGAUAAAAUGCAUUUUUAUCAACUUUAUUACUGAAAAUUUUUUGACAUUUAAAUCGACUAGAGUCAGAUCAAGCUAACUGUCAAGUGUGCAAGUGUCAAAUUUGUAUAAAAAUAUGACGUUUAAUGUGUUAAUCCACAAUUUGUCAUGUCAAAGUGGGUGCAGCUGCAGAGGGCUUACCGCGAACCAAGUUUGACAUGUUGCCUUCCUGUCACACUUAUGUACGAAUUUACAAGUACGACAGAGAGGCAACAGGUUCGCGGUAGGUCUUCAUAGUUAGCUUGGACGGACUUGAAGCCUCUGUAAACAUAAAUAUCCAUUUUUUCUAUUAAUUUAUUGCCAUUUUUGUGUGACUAGUUACAUAUAAAAGUUGAUAAUAAUGAUAGAGAAAUUAUAAAAAAAAAUAUUAAGUGUGAAUUUCGAAAUGUAAUGCCGUCUCUAUCUACCAUAUCAGGAGACCACGUGUCGAAAGAGAACAGAUAUAGUUAGCGAUUCCGUUUUCGGGUGGGAUGUUUUGAAAAUAUAGUAUUUAUUUAGGUAUUUAAAAUAAUAUGAACUAAUAAAAAUUGGUUAUUUGGCAAAUUAUUUUUAACUAUAGACACAAAUAGUUAAAAAAUAUAAAUAUUUGGGGACGAUUUUAUACAGAUCGACCUAGGCCCAAACUAAGCAAAGCUUGUACUAUGGGUACUAGGCUACGAUAUACAUACGUAUAUAGAUAAAUACAUACUUAUAUGCAUAGAAAACACCCAUGACUCAGGAACAAAUAUCUGUGUUCAUCAGACAAAUGCCCUUACCGGGAUUUGAACCACUACCAGGGUCACUACCACUAAGCCAGACCGGUCGUCUAAUAUGAUGGUCUGAAUCUAUAGUAUUUCGUGACUAUGGUAUUAUAUCCCAGCGGCGUCAUACCAAAAAGAAUUUGAAAUAGAGGUGGAUUGUCGAAGAAAACUUUGUAGCCACAGUAAAUUUACUGCCAUCUUUCGACACAUGAUCAAUUUUAGAACGCCAUUUGACUUUGAUCAUUAUUCUUUUACUGAUAUGUUUCCAAUUUGUUCAAUGUCAAAUAGUGGCGCCAUCUUACCGGGUAAAGGCUAAAGGUUGUGGCGCCAUCUCUCCAAACGAUGCCGCCAUACCUUUGGCCUUUAAUCUAGUAGAUGGCGCCGCUUUUUGAUAUUUAUCAAAUUUAACACAUAUCAGUGAAAGAAUAAAGAUCAAAGUCAAAUAGCGUUCUAAAAGUUUUAAUCAUGUGUCGAAAGAUGGCAGUAAAUUUACUGUGGCUACAAAGUUUUCUUUGACAAUCCACCUCUAUUUCAAAUUCUCUUUGAUAUCAGUUAGGCAAAGAGUAUUUUGGCCUGGUUUCCUUUAAAAUCUAUAAAAUGCUCAAUUGACUCAAAUGAGGUAAUCUGGUGAGACACGAUAUCUAUUGAAUUUAACAUUAUACAAACCUUUUCAAGAACAGUAAAGGUUUAAAAUAUCGAUAUGGAUAAAGUGCCAAAAAUAUCUUUACGGUACUUUCCGUGCAUAUGUCGAAACUUUAAAGAGCCAUA